UCUCAUUUUGUCAAGUGGUAAAACAUCCAGAGUGUCUGUCAUGUCUGAAUCAGAUUUUGUCUGUAUGGGAUGAAAUUAAAUACGUUACACCUCCUGUUCCGUCAAAAACAAGAUGGAGCAAAACAUGGCUGAUUUUCUGAAGGAUGCAUUCCCAGGACAUUAUCCUGAUGUGUGUAUUGCUCCCUUUUUAAAAAAAAAAAAAUAAAAACAGAGACAAACUUUGAGCAUCUAAGCUUUGAAGAAGAAGCAGCAACAGGGCACAGCGUUAAUGUACCUCAAAAUGAGCCAGACAUGGAGGACGACGACAAUCACACAGAAUCCAGUGGAUCUGACAUAGAUUUUGAGUGGACGAAUAAGGAAGAGGAAACUAAGCACUGUUUUGAGAACAAUGGGAACUUCUCUUUAGAUGAACAAAAAAUGAAGUCAGGAUCUACACUCUGUGGUUCAUGGGAUAACAAUGAUACAGUCAAAAAUAAGACACAAACUCAAAAUCAGCAAUUAAGCUUACAUAAAGAGGAUUGCAGAGAGAAUGAAUCUGAGAUGCAUGAUACGACGAGUAAGGAGCAAGCCGAAGUUCUCAGCGUGCUGGAAAUGGUUCUUCCAGAAGGAACUCACUAUGGUCUGGAAACAUUAACCACAAGGACUCAGGAGUCCUACCAGAUGGAUGUUAAAUCUGAAAAUGAAAGCUCAGCUGCAAAAGAGGAAAGAACAGAGUCUGAUAGCAUUGAGGAACAUGUACUUCAGCAUGCAGCAGAUGAUAAACAGCUUGAUCGUUUUAGUCCCAUACAGUCAACGUUGCAAGAUUGGCCAGUUGCAUCAGCCAAAGUCCAGGCUGGGGAUGAGAUGAAAGAGUUUACAGAAGAAGACAAUGAGGACCAUGAGAGAGAUGAAGAAGGUUUAGCUGAUUUCCCUUCUGAUCUGUCUCAAAGUGACAGUGGGGAGAGCAGUGAAGAUCAUGAGAGUGGAGAACCCAAUCACAUGGACACCAAGCUAGAUGAGGAUGAAGGCCUAGAUUGUUCUUAUGAGGCGAAGAACUUAGAAGAACCUCUACUGACUUCAAGGGAAGAUGAUGGUGUUGAAAAUGAAGAUGAAUGUAUGGAUCCUGCAGACAUGCACACUUGUGUCAAGAAUGAGGAUCUGUGUGUGGAGACAACAACUGGGAAAUCUGACGAUGACAUACCUUUUGAGACAAAGCAGGGCAGUUUUAGAGAUGAUGAAUAUCACAUUGAGAUUCCAAACAUUGGGGAAAGUUCUGAUUUUGGAAUCACUGAGAAUUUCCAAUCUGGUUCUAAAGAUUCCUACAUGAAUGAGGAACCUGACUAUGAUAGUGAUAUCAGCAGUGAUGACCAAGAAGAUAAACCUGAUUUUACUUCCCAUACAAUUUCAGAAGACAAAAACAAACAAGAGCACACUUUCACAAAAGACUUUGCUACAGACUGGCACAGUAUUGAGCGUGAAGUAGUGGAUGUGGUGGUCAAAGAUAGUCAGAAACCAGAGAUGUGUGAUGUAGAAGGUUUAUCAAGCAUUCCAGCAUCUGUUGGAGCCGUAACGGAGAGUUCUUCUGGGACUUACUCAUCUGAAAGCAGAAGUGUGGUUGAAUCACAUUCAUCAGAGUUUGUUUCAUUCAAACCAGACCAGAACAACAAAGAAUGCUCAGACGUCUUAGACGCUGGAGAAAAUAUCAACACUUUGUUACCAGGGAUGUUUUGGUCCGUGAUGGAUGAGGACAACCUGAAGCUGGAUGAAUAUGACUGGGAUAUUAAUGGAGAAAAUGUGAUCUGUGAUGAAGAGGACAAUUUCAUGGAAGAGCUGGAGAAUGAUGGAGAGGAGACUGAGAGGGACUGGGAGAAAGAAAAGGCAAGAAUUGAAGCAUUUAACAGAUACUACGAAGAACCUGUUGAAGGGAGGAGCCACAAAGUGACAUUUUGUUUGGAGCCAGAAUCCACUCAGUAUGAGGAGGAUAAUGACAGCAGCGAAGAGGAACCGAGCACAAUAGGUUGCAUCAGUGAGUUGCAUACUCCAGGGUCCAGUUCAGUCAAACAAGACCAAAGCAACAAAGAAGACAGCCACGAACCCUCAGAAGACUCAGACAUCAGAGAACAUAUCAACACCCUUCUGAUGGAUGAGGACAACAUGAACCUUGAUGAAUAUGACCGUGAUUUUAUUGAAGAUGAAGAGUUCAAUAAAAUGAACUCAAGUAAGGGGAUCUGUGAUGAUGAAGAUGAUUUCUUGGAGAGGCUGAAAAAUGAAAUAGAGAGGGAUUUGGAGCAGGAACAAGCAAGAAUCGAAGCAUCUAACAGAUAUUAUGAAGAGUCUUUUGAGGAGGAGCAAAACAAUGUAACAGACAGGACCCACAAAGUUAUGUUAAGGUUACGCCAGCAAUCUUCUCAAAUUGAGGAAGAUAAUGAUAGCAGUGAACAGGAAUCAAACACAGAAGAUGACACUGCUAGCGUCCUGAAGACUGAGGACCAAAGUGAUUCUGAUGAACCAAACGAGAGACGCUUGUACACAGGAAGGUACAAAGUCGCACCAAAGGGGUUACAAAAGACAGACAAGCAGCUGAAGGAACACCCCAAGAGAAAUAAGUGUCUUGUCCUGCUGCGGUCAGUGUUAGCGGUGAGUCUAGCGACGGCGGUGGGAGUGUUGUCUUACAUGUGGGCCACAGACAGCCUGGACUGGACCUACUGAAUUCACAUCUCUCUUGGAUAUUCAUCAUGAUUCAAAACACAAAAUAAAUAUCAAGGCCUCUGCAAGUAAGAUGCGAAAUCACAUAAAACAGGCAAACCAGCAGACUGAGACAAGACCAACUUUAUUUCCUUACAGUAUGCAACCUAAUAUUGUAAUGUUUGAACAGCGCUUUGAAAUACAGCUUUGAAAAAUGUUUAUGUCUUUUAACAUGGCUAUCCAUGUUUCCUUACUGUAUGUAAACCACAUCUAGAUAGAUUAAUCUUCCUCUUUUUUUACUGGGAAAAGUGACAUUUGCAGAUGUACGUUGUACAACCUGUACAAACAAGUGCUUUUAAAAUAACUGACCUGAAAAAA